AUCAUGGGAAGCGUAGUCUAGUCCGGCGGAGCGGGGAAAUGGCGGCGCCGGCGGCCCUCGCGGUAGUGGAGCCCUUGGCGCCUCAGCAGCAGCAGCAGCAGCAGGAAAAUGGCUGCAGCGGGAAGGGCCCCGAGGACUUGGUGGAGGACAAGGCUGAUUCGCCCUACCUUCACGCCCGCCGCAAGCUGGAGAACCUCCUCAACAAGAGCAUGCGCAUCCGCAUGACUGAUGGGCGGACCCUGGUGGGCUGCUUCCUGUGCACAGACCGGGAUUGCAAUGUCAUCCUUGGCUCUGCCCAAGAGUACCUGAAAGCCUCUGGAUUUGUUUGCUCCAGAGUGGAAGGUUUACUGAAAACGAUGCUGAAGCUCCAGCCCUAAGCAAAUGAACCUGGCCUCCCCUUUCAAAGAAUCUGCAUAUGUCUUCAAACCAUAAGGGCUAGAAACUACAACUGCAGGAGUUCUGGAGCUGGAAUCCAGCAACCAUGACUGUAUCGCCUUGUGGUGAGCUUUGCUGAAUCCACACAAUCCUGAAGAUAAUACACAAAUGAUAAUACACACAUUCAGUUGUUUUUUCUGGAUCCAAACAAUUCUGGGAUCUGUCUCAGAGCACCCCUGUGCCAGCUGACAACUGUUUGCUUCCUGCCAAAACCUCCCUGGGAAGAAACAACCGGCUUUCCUCCCAAACUGGCCUCUGGGGUCUUCUAUUGGUGGCAAACCAGGCAGGAAACUGUAUCUAUAGAUAGAUGCCCCCAGUCUGUUUUGGCUCCUCUUUGCUCCCACAUCACAAUGGAGAACUUAUGGGAGCCAACGGGACCUUGUUAUCUUAUCCAGGGUUCCUUCCUCCCCAGAACACAGAGUUUCCAUAUGAACCUUUUGGCGCCCGGGGCUGACUCAGUUUUUCCUUAUCCUGUUUGGAACAGGAUAUUCCUCUGUUUGACCCCACGCAAAUGGACAACCUGUCAGUAAAUUGUCAGUGUCCUUUCCGGACUGGGACCCUGUAUUUCCACACCAAAAUCCCAUUUCUGCAAACGCUCCUUGUUGUGACAGAAAGUUGAUUUUGGGGGCUAUAAUUCCAAGAAUCCCCAUUAGCCAUUCUGGCUGUGGGGAAUUAUGGGAAUUGUAGCUCAAGAAAGGAACUUUUCUAAACUCUGCUUGCAUUUGUAUCAGGAAAAGCAUUACUAAUUGUCAUUACUAAUAGAUCUUGUUGCUGGGAGAUUCUGGGGUAUGCUUUCAAGAGCUUGGGAGAGUUCCUGUUUUGAACUGCUGGUCCCAGAAUCCCUAGUAGUUGAGCUGGUUAGGGGGACUUUCAGAACUGCGGUUUCCAAAAAAUGACUUUUCUGAGCUUUGUUCUCACACAGGGCAUUAUCUGUUGAAUUUCUCUCUUGUCCCAUAACAGCUGUGGCAGAGAGGAGAAAACUCAUAGAAUCAUAGAGUUGGAAGCAACCGCAAGGGCCAUCCAGUCCAUGCAGGAACUCUCUCAAAGCAUCCCUGACAGAUGGCCAUCCAGCCUCUUCUUAAAGACCUCCA